AUGUGUUUUAUACGCGGUAGACCAAGAUAUCCACAAUCUCAAGGUUGUAUUGAGCGUGCCAAUGGUGUACUCUGUGAUACAUUAGGCAAAUGGAUGACACAAAACGCUACAACUCGUUGGUCUGAAAGACUAUUACCUGUUGUCUAUGGUAUCAACACACGUACGUUCAGCACAAUUAAAACAAGUCCUUAUCAGGUGAUGUUUGGACAAGCGCUGAGAUCGGAUAGUGAUUUUUGGAAAUUAGUUGCUCAAGAUGAAAUUUUGGAUGAGGAAGAUUUACCAACUCCCAUUGCUUUGGAUGGUGAUGUAGUUAUUUCAAAAGAACAAGAUUCCACGUGGGAUGAUGUUAUUAAUCCUGAUGCUACAAAGUUGUUCAAAAAUAUAGCUUUUUCCUGGAUCAGUUAUGUUAUUAUCAAGGGGGAAACUACAAACUGUAUAAACUUGCGCGGACUUUAA